CGAUAUUCAAUGAAAACAUAUCAAAUGAAGAAUAUUAUAACUUGUCCAUUAUUUUAUUAUAAAUAGAUGGAGAAAUGCUUUUUAAAACUUGAACUAUUCAUUUACAAUAAGAAAGUAAUUUCAGCGGUUUAUAUGAAAAUAAAAAUGACUAAAACGCACACUAAAGGAGCUAAUGAUAGUUUCAACGAUGUUAUAAAUGUAUCGAGUUGUGAUGUUGAAAAUGAAAAUAACCAGAUGAAUGAAAAUGAGAUAGAAUUUCCAUUGAAAUAUCAAAAGAGUUGGUAUAUAUCAAAUUUUUCUCGAAUAAUGAUAUAUAAAAACCGAUCGAUAUAUUCAAAAGAUAGGAGACCAUGGUAUAAAAGACUAAUUCAUGCUAAUGAUACUGAAAGUGAUCAAGAAAGAAAAUUCAUCGCCAAAUUGGAUUUGAUCUUAAUAACGUGGGGAUGUAUUUCGUACUGCAUUAAAAGUAUUGAUCAAUCAAACUAUCAAAAUGCAUACGUUUCUGGGAUGAAAGAGGAUUUGAAUAUGCAAGGAAAGGAUUACAAUUGGUUAGGAACAUACUAUACUAUCGGAUAUGCAAUUAUGUUAAUCCCAUCACAAAUUAUAUUGUCAAAGAUCAAAGCGACAUAUUGGUUGCCAGGAUGCGAGUUAGUUUGGGGGGUAUUAACAGGACUAUGUGCGAUUCCCAAAAGUAUCAACAUUAUGUUCGCGUUAAGAUUUUUAAUUGGAGUAACAGAAGCAUCAUCGUGGCCAGGAAUGAUAACAGUAUUUAUGAACUGGUAUACGCCUACUGAAUUUGCAACGAGAGCAGCAGUGUUUGGCGCAGCAGGAUGUGUUGGGUCGAUGUUUAUUGGAUUUAUGCAAGCAUCAAUUUAUACUACAAUGAAUGGAAUAGGAGGAUUGCCUGGAUGGAGGUGGUUAUUCGUUAUAAAUGCUAUCAUGACUGUAGUGACAGCAAUUACAGGGUUUUUGUUAAUUCCAGAUACACCUGAAAACAGUAAAAAAAACAAAUGGUUCAAACCUGAGGAUCUCGAAAUAGCAAAAAAGAGGAUGAUAAGAAAUGGCCGAGUUACAUCAAAAGAAAUGAAAUUAAAGAGUAUUUAUAAAACAUACUUGGAUUGGAAAUUUUGGGUAUUUGCAUUGGCUUAUGUUCCUUGGGCAUGGACAUUACUAUCGUUUGCAUACUUCAAUCUAUGGUUAGAAUCACUAACAAAUGAUGAUGGAACACCAAUGUAUACAACGAGCGAGAUUAAUAUGAUACCGGUUGGAGGAUAUGGAAUUUCUGCAGUAACAAUGAUUUUUUAUAGUCGAUUUGCUGACCUAUCAGGAAGAAAAUUUGGGGUGCUAAUCAUUCAAGAGUUGACAAGUGUGGUUGGUUGCAGUAUACUAAGUUUCUGGCCAAAAUCUAUAGGAUUGAAAUAUUUUGGGUUUUUCAUAUUGUUUUCAGUCCAAGCAACAGGACCAAUCAUAAUGUUAUUGUUAGCAGAAGUUUACGCCAGGGAUACACAAAAAAGAGCAAUUAUUACAGGAUCAAUUGUUGUUCUAACAUAUGCAAAUAAUGCCUGGAUGCCAUUAUUUAUUUGGCCCGCAGAUGAAGCCCCUAUCUACCACUAUGGCUAUAAAGUUGCUAUUGGAUUUGCCUGCUCUUCAUUGGUUGGUAUUUGGUCGUUGUUUUUGGUAUAUGUUCAGUAUGUUCCUCAGAGUAAGGAAGAUCUCAAUCGGGUUGUGAAGCAUCAAAACAGAAUUGAGAACCAGAAUCGAUUGGGAAACUGAGAAGCUUAGAAGCUUAGAUAGUGCCAAUAGCUAGCGUCUAAAUAUCAUUCUGUAUUAGCCGAGUCUAUUGUUAUUCCUUUAGCAUCAAACAACUACUUUGAAAAAUUGAAAAGAUAU